AGCGGGGGGGGGGGCAGGAAGAGAGCCUGACAUCCUGCCUCUCAUGAACAUAUAAGUACACAGAUAUCUGAAUAUAAGUACACAGACUGAGGACGGAGACAUCAUGGAGCACCUGCUGCUGCUGCUGCUGCUGCUGAGCUCCGGACUCCAGGCUGAAGGAACUCUCGACCAAACAGAGUCUUUCAAGCUGGUGGGAGGAUCCAGUCGCUGUGAAGGAGAACUGCAGCUGAACCAUCAGGGAGACUGGAGACCAGUGGCUGAUCCUUAUCGGCUCUGGACCCUGAAGACAGCAGGUGUUAUCUGCAGAGAUCUCGACUGUGGCUCUGCUGUUUCUGUAGGAGAGAGACAGGAGUCCUCAAAGAGACCUGUGUGGAGGAUGAGACCUCACUGUUUUUAUUCUAGAUCUGCUCUGAGGAAGUGUGCAGAACCACUUUCCUCGAGUCGUGACAUCAUGCAUCUCACGUGCUCAGGUAAGCCCAUCAGUCCCAUCAUGCAUCUCACCUGCUCAGACUCUGUCAGGCUGGUGAAUGGGACCAGUCUGUGCUCAGGCAGACUGGAGGUGAAGUCUGACCCGUCUAACCCGUCCUGGUCCUCAGUGUGUGAGGCUGACUUUGACCAGCAGGAUGCUCAGGUGGUCUGCAAGCAGCUGGGCUGUGGGGCUCCUUCAGUCCUCCAGGCGGCGCUCUAUGGAGAAGGGGAGGCUCCAAUGGGGACCAAAGAGUUCCAGUGUGGAGGCCAUGAGUCUGCUCUCCUGGACUGUAGCUCAGCCUCAGAGAGAAACACCUGCUCACCUGGCAGAGCUGUUGGCCUAACCUGCUCAGAGUCUCUCAGGCUGGUGGGAGGAUCCAGUCGCUGUGAAGGAGAACUGCAGCUGAGACAUGAGGGAGAAUGGAGACCAGUGAUUGAUACUUAUCAUGACUGGACCCUGAAGAGAGGAGAAGCUGUCUGCAGAGAUCUCAACUGUGGCUCUGCUGUUUCUGUAGGAGAGACACUUGAGUCCCCAGUGAGACCUGUGUGGAGCAUCAAACCUCGCUGUUUGUAUUCUGGAUCUGCUCUGAGGGAGUGUGCAGGACCAGCUUCCUCUAGUAAAAACCUGAAUCCCACCUGCUCAGACUUGCUGCUUCAGCCCAUCAUCUCUGUGUCCUCCUCCAUGUACGGGGUCUCCGGGGCCCAGCAGCAGGGGUUCCAGGUGUUCAGAGGCUCCACCUUCAGCAUCAGCUGCUCCAUCCAGCCUCAGUACCCAGGAGGCUCCUUCCUGCUCAGCUCCUCCACUCACACCUACAUCCACCCAGCUGUCAAUCACAACGCCCACUUCCUGUUCCCGGCUGCAGAGCCCGCCCACCAGGGAAGCUACAGCUGUGUUUAUCACCUGUUGGUUCGCUCUCAUAGCUUUUCCUCUGAGAGCCGUCUGCUGUCUGUCACUGUCUCAGAUGCCACACCUCUGAUCAUCCGAGCCGUCGUCCUGCUGCUGAUUCAGCUGCUGGUUCUGCUGCUGGCAAACGGCCUUUACUUCUUCUGUAAGGCCACCAGGGGGCAGCGCAGACAGGAGGAUAUGGAUCUGGAGGAAGUUAACCUGGCUGUCCCUGCAGAGGAAGAGUAGCAGCUCCUUCCGACACACACAUAUAAUAUAUAGCAUAUCCCAUAAACAUAAACAAAUUUGAUUGGGUUGAAAGAGAGGCUGUCUGCAACCUCAAUGCUAGCUGCCAUCAAAUACUCUGUCCUGCUUACACUGUUAAAUGCUUAUUUGGAUCAUAUU